AUGAUUUUUCAUGGGGGCGAGACUCUGGACGAGAUCCGAGAGCGCUACGCCUCACUCCUGCGCUCGUGUGCCAAUUCCAGGGAUCUCGCCCGGGGAAUCCAGCUCCAUUCGCAGAUAUCCUCCUCGGCACAGCUCCGUGACGAUCGAUUCCUGGGAAAUCUCCUGGUCCACUUGUAUGGGCGUUGUGGGCGCCCGGAGGAAGCGCGCAGGGUCUUCGAUAGCAUCCCGUGCCCGAACACGUUCUCCUGGAACAUCAUGCUCAAGGCCUACACCCAAAACGGGGAUCUCGACCAAGCGCGCCGCCUCUUUGAUCUCAUCCCUUGCCGCGACAUGGUCUCAUGGAACACAAUGCUGGACCUCUUUUCUCUCUCCAGCGAUCUCCAGAGCGCGCAGCAAUCGCUGGACUUGAUGCCAGUGGUAGAUCUCGUUUCCUUCAACACGAUGCUCGCAGCAAAUGCCCUUUGCGGGCACCUUGAUGGCGUCAAGAAAAUCUUCGACGAUAUGCCAGAGUGGGAUGUUUUCUCUUGCACGCCUCUGCUGGAAGCAUAUUCACAGUACGGAUGCAUCAACCAGGCCCGGCAGCUUUUCCGUACGAUGCCCGUGCGAAACCUCGUGACGUGGAAUGCCUUGCUUGCGGUACAUGCCGUAGCGGGGCAUAUUGAGGAGGCAAAGUGUGCGUUUGAUACCAUGCCCGAGCACGACAUCGUGUCUUGGGCGAGCCUUUUAAACGCGUAUUUCCGUUCUGGAAAUAUAGACCUGUGCAAAAGGUGCUUCAAGUGUCUUCCGUGCUGGAAUGUUGUAUGUGCAACAACGAUGAUCCAAGCAUAUGCCCAGCUAGGGCAUAUUGUAGAUGCGGAAGCGCUUUUUUAUGAUCUUCCGGAAUGGAACAUGGUUUCGAUCAAUGCCAUGCUUGCCGCGUAUGCACAGAACGAUAGAAUUUUUUUGGCUGAGAAAAUGCUGUCGAAGUUGCCAGAGGCAAACGCCGCGACAUGGGGCGCAAUGCUUCAUGCAUAUGCCAUAACGGGGCAUUUUGACAGAGCAAAACAGCUCUUCGACACCAUGCCCGAGAAGACCCUCUUUGCUUGGAAUAUGAUGCUCCAGGCAUAUUCUACCGCCUCCCUUGCCUUGGAAGCGUCAAGAAUCUUCGAUUCCAUGCCGGAGCGAAAUGCCGCAUCCUACACCGCUAUUGUGGCGGCAUACUCACAGUGCGGCCUCACAGCGCAAGCUCUAGACGUCUUCCACUCAAUGCCCAAGACAAAAGGUGGCAAAGCUAAUAACGAUAACGACGAGGAGAUGGCGUGGAAUGGAAUCGUAGCUGCUUGCGUUCUCAACAAGGAGAUCGACCAUGCAAAGAUCUUGUUCGACCAGAUUCCCCGACCAAGCGUUGGAACCCACAACCUUUUGAUCCAAGGCUACGGCCAGACUCGAAAUCUUGAGUCCGCCCGGCGAAUAUUUUCGGGAAUGCCGGAGAGGGACACAGCUUCAUGGAACGCGAUUCUUGCAGCAUUUGCCCAAUGUGGGCAUGUAGCACACGCGGAGCUUCUCUUUGAGCAAAUGCCGCGGCGGAGCCUUGUGUCGUGGAACGCGAUGAUCUCCAUGCAUGGUCGCUCCGGGCGGUUCCACCGCGCGCUGGAUCUCCUCUGUGCGAUGCGCGCCGCUGGUUUCCAGCCGGAUCAAGUCUCAUACUUGAGCGUUCUCGCCGCUUGCAACCAUGUCGGCCUGGUGGAGGAGAGCUCGUCUCUGUUCCUGGCGAUGGCGGAGGAGCUGGGAGGAGGCUCCGGGAUCGAGCAUUACUCGUCGAUGGUGGACCUGCUGGGACGGGCCGGGCAAGUCGAGUUUGCCAGAGAGAUCAUCCAAAGCAUGCCGUUUGUGCCCGACGCCAAAGCCUUGGGUGCUCUCUCCGGAGCUCGGAAGCUCCACGUCUCGGCAAAGUGA